CACAGUGGAAAGGCUAGUUUAACGUCGGUGCAAGCCAAGUUUAUGGGGAGCUAUAUAAUCGAUGAACAAGCACAUUAUGCGUCACCGAAAGACAUGGAAACACGACGCAGUCUCAGGAGAUGGUUCGGUAAGAAAAAGAAGGUAAUGCGUAGCAGCAUAGCAAAAAAAUGGAAGGAUCUAAGCGGCCAAAACAAUUGGGGACAGCUUUUGGAUCCAUUGGAUAUCGAUCUCCGUCGUUAUGCUAUUCACUACGGUGAAAUGGCUCAGGCUGCCUACGAUGCCUUCAACACCGAGAAGGCGUCCAAAUAUACCGGGAGCAGCUUGUAUGGCAAGAGAAAUUUCUUCUCCUGUGUGGGUUUGGAGAAAGGCAAUACUUACAGGUACCAGGUUACUAAGUUUUUGUACGCGACGUCGCAUAUCCAGGUGCCGGAAGCGUUCCUAGUGAAGCCGGUGUCGAGGGAAGCUUGGAGCAAGGAGUCGAACUGGAUCGGGUUUGUGGCGGUGGCGACGGAUGAUGGGAAAGCUGUUUUGGGGAGGAGGGAUAUCGUGAUUGCUUGGAGAGGAACGGUGCAAACACUGGAAUGGAUCAAUGAUUUCGAGUUUAAUUUGGUUUCGCCGAGGAAAAUCUUUGGUGAUGAGCGUAGUGAUGUUAAGGUGCAUGAGGGGUGGUACUCCAUUUACACCUCCGAUGAUUCACGUUCGCCCUAUAACAAAAGCAGUGCCCGCGACCAGGUUCUUAACGAGGUUAGGAGACUAGUAGACCAAUUCAAGAACGAGGAAGUAAGCAUCACAAUAACCGGCCACAGUUUAGGUGCAGCCCUCGCUACUUUGAAUGCGGUCGACAUAGUAGUCAAUGGAUACAACAAGCCCCAAAGCCAGUCGAGCCGGUCCUUUCCCGUUACCUCCUUCUUGUUCGCCAGUCCUCGAGUUGGCGACUCGGUUUUCAAGAAGGCAUUCACCGGAUUCAAAGACCUCCGAGCCUUACGCGUAAAAAAUGCCUUAGACGUCGUCCCCGACUAUCCCCUAAUAGGGUAUUCGGACGUGGGUGAAGAAUUGGCGAUUGAUACGCGUAAAUCAAAGUACUUGAAGAGCCCUGGGAACUUGGCGAGUUGGCAUAAUUUGGAAGGUUAUCUACAUGGGGUGGCCGGGACACAAGGGAGCAAAGGAGGGUUUGACUUGGUGGUUGCUCGUGAUAUAGCCCUUGUGAACAAAUCAAUGGAUGGAUUGAAGGAUGAGUACUUGGUGCCUGUAGCAUGGAGAGUUCGGAAAAACAAAGGUAUGGUGCAACAAGAAGAUGGUUCUUGGAAAUUAAUGGAUCGUGAAGGUCAAGAUGAUGAUUAUACUUAAAUGGCUAGCCUUGGUUGAGCUUAAUGACAAUGGAGUUGAGAGGUUACUUGCGUCAAUACAAUGAAAUUAAUAAUAAAAAACAAACAUGGGUAAUAAUUAUAUGUAUGAAAGCUAAUUGAUUGGUAGUUGAGGGUGGGAAAACUGUUGAAUCGUCUAAUUUGGUGGUGCGGCGUCGGUUUGUUGUUUUCUCUU